AUGAAAGUCAAACAAUAUUACGACUACUUGUUUGUAGUCACCAUUCUACUUUUUCUUAUUUUGGUAACAGGUACUGUUAAAGGUGAAUUAUCAAAUGCAAAGUUGGUAUCUUCAAAUUAUACAUUAAAGACGGUUGAUAUAGUGGGAGGAAAGGUAGAGUUGGUAACUGGAGAGUUGGUUUUUGAUAGAGAACUCUUUAGAUUGCAAUCGACUGUAUGUGCAAAUGAUACGAAUUGUGUAUUACCUGUAUGUCCUCCAUGUGACUAUACAACAGAUAAUCCUAAUGGCUGUGGUGUUGUAGAUCCAUCGUGUCCACCUACAUCAACGUGUCCACUUGCCAGUCAGCUAUGCGACCUAUCGUUGCCGAUGAAUCAGUACGAGAUCAUUUCACAAUUCGAUACACCUCUUUUACGUACUACACCUGGUACUGUUUGGAUGGAGUCUAUUAGUCGUUACAGAUUCUAUAUUGGUUCAACUUGCAAAGCAUAUAAAUUUCAUCUCGAUAUUGUACAAGGUGACCUCUUUUCGGCCACCUUUUAUAUCAAUCCUGCCAACGGUUCAAUACGUCAUCAUUUCUCAAAUACACAACGUGAUAUCACUGUUACAAUGUGUCCAACAGAUACAAGAUUGAUUGAUACCGAGAUUGACAUGGGUAACUAUGGUACUCAAUUUUUAGAAAUUAUCAAUACUAGUCCUGAUGAUGCCAAAUAUAUAAUUCAAAUUGAUACUUUUGAUAUGAAUCCAGUUAGUAUUCCACCACCAACAUGUAGUCAGAUUAUAAGUGGUAUUCAAUGUUUAAAUAAUGGAAUGACUAUACCAGAUAAUGGUACACCUCUAACUGUACCAAGAACCUAUUCAUUUACAAUUGAUAAAUGUGAAAAUAUUACUGUUCAACAUCAAUAUGCUACAUCUGGAUAUCCAGAUAUUUAUGUUAAAAUAGAAGAUGCAUCAGUAUCAAAUCAAAAAUUUGAUUAUAAAAGUCCAGGUCAAACACAUGAACAAAUUGUAUUUCAAUUAUGUCCAAAUACAGGAAAUAAUCUUAAAACCAUAUUCAUUGCAUUAUAUCCAACAAUUGUUGGACAAAAAUCAAAUGUUUUUGUUAGUACCGGUGGAAUAAUGCAAAGUGUACCACUGACACAGGUAACAUCAAUUCAAUCUGGAACUUGGAUGCUUGCAGGUACAUCUACCAUUAUUUUAAAUCAAACUAGAUCUUUACAUUGUCAUUCAUUUGGUUUUGAUUGUUAUGAUUUGAUACCAUCAACACCACGUCUAUUUUCAAAUCCUCUUUAUCCUGUUCCAGAUAUUUAUUUAAAUCAAUCUUUAUCUGAAUUUCAACAUUUAGAAUUAAAUGAAGAAACAAAUCCAAUGAUUAAAAAUACAUAUCAAUUUGGUAUUAUUAUUAGUUCUAGAUAUUAUCAAUACAGUAUAUCAAAUAAUAGUUGGAUUAAAGAAUUUAUAAAGGAUGGAAAUAAUGUGAUGGUUCAAUUGUUGGAUAAUUUGGUUGAUGAUCAAGGUAAUGUAGUGAGUGGCAACUAUUCACUGGGUGAUAGUAAGACGCCACUAUGUAACCACACUGCAUUCAAGGAAAUCGAUUCCGAGCAAGAGGGAUUGAUAGAGGCAAUUGAAGAUUCAGUCAAUGAACAUGCUGUACAACGUGUUCGAUACCAAUUCGAUCUGUUGAUGAUGCGUGAUUCUUAUUUCCUUUGCGAGUCGUUGGCACAGCAGAUGAUACAUGUUGAGCAAACUAAAAAGUUUGGUAAUUCAACUGCCUGUUUGGACCCAGGAAAUCGGUUAGAUCCUUGUUGCACCUUUAGUGCACUGUACAACCAUUCGUGUGGUCCCACCGAGGGUCAAUGGGAUCGUACCGAGUUUAAGGAGGUGUUGGGGGACAUGGUGUCUGAGAGCUGCGUGUCACCUUCUUGUGUGACAUCGCUGCUGCGAAACUAUGCUCAAACCUAUUUGGGACGUCAGUCGAGUGCAUGCGCCGUCGAGCAAAAGGAGGUGUAUGACGCGACUGACCCCAUGUACAACCUCUUUAGAUUCUGCCACCAAAAUACAACUUUGGGUGUCCGAUGCAAACAAAAUGCAGAUUGUUCGGUCUUGGGUAGCAGUGCUCGAUGCAACCCGAGGGAUGGCCAGUGUAUGGCACCGUACAGAGACAUUGAGUUGGCGUUUGUCACGUGUCUAGUCAACAUUGUCCCGCCAUCAACACUGGUUGAUUUCUUGGCCAAAUAUAAUAUCUCUCAAGACGAUAAUAGCACGAUGAUUAGCUUUACACAUGCCAAGUUUUCAACAAACAAGGAUUGUGUCACACCAUACACCAUCGACAAGAACACACGUCAAUCGUAUCGAUACGUCACACCUGAUGGCACCGUGCCGAGAUACUGCUACCGCGGAAUCAACUCGUUUGAUCGUUCCGACGUGCUCCAAUCAUACGACACGUGUUACCAAGGUGACGAACGGUUCAUGUGGACGGCAAGCGACCUGGCCAUCAACAACUGCACAGACUUUUACAAGUGUGAUUGGAUGGGUUCGCAAGGAACACUCGACGCAUUCUAUGGAAAUGUAGGUGAUCUUGGUGCAGCGUGCAAUUCACCGGCCAAACCCACAAGUUUUUGCGGUGAGUGUGAUACCGAUCCCACUAGGAACUGUUACGUUGACAAUACACUAGACGCAACCACUUGUCCAACCAAGUUUGCAUGUUAUCACCCUACCCCUGGCAAUCCAUUGGACCCAGAGAAACCAGUCACUUUUACACAACCAAACAGCAACUUUGAAACAGCUGAUUCGGCCGACCAAUGUCGGUUGGAACAUGGAAGCUGCAAUGUGCCGUGCGGUCUAAAAUGCAGUGCAAGACAGUCGUGUGUUAUACCACUAGCACCCCAAGAAACUGUUUGUCUACCGACCCUAUACGGGGGUGUGUUGGACGCACAAGUCACCGUUCCAACAGGCGAGAUUUAUUGUUCAUACUAUAGUACCAACGGAUCGCUCUCACAAGCUCAGUGCCAGUUUACCGGCUCUUUUACAGACUGCAAUGCAUUCAACUCGCUUGGUCAACAACAACUCGUACAGCAAUGCGGGGUGUGCGGAGCCAAUGGAAACUUUAAGGCAUGUGCUUGCAAGUUGGAAGUUGAACCAUGUAAAACAAUGGAUCAAUGCAAGAGUGCUGGCGGUGCUUGCACAGACAUGUUUUACUUUGUCAAUGAGAUUGCGGGAUAUCCACCAGGCCAACCUAAAUGCCUCUUUGGUCAACCUAAAGUAGUCGAUGCUAGUCAUAUUGCCACGCUACCUCAAUGUGCAUAUGGAAAAGAGCAGGAAUCACCCAUUGGAUGUUUCUCUGUCAACACUACAUUUAUCGGUAACUCGGCUGCCUGUACAGCUGCCGGUGGAACACUUUGGCAAGCUGCAACCAACCAACUCCAAUGUAGAAACAGAUACCCCGAUCGUUGUCUGUCUGUCGAUCGUUCGGAAACCUUUAUCCCACCACUAUCACGUCGAUACAUGGACAAACCACAAGACGACUGUAACAAUGGUAAGAUUCUUGGUGAUAAUUGGCGUCCAACCUUUGCAUGGGUUCCUGCACAAUGGACCAAUGGUACUGCCGUACCUCUCAGUUGGCGUACCACCCAAGGUAUGGUUCCCAUCGCUCAAUUAAACUACUCGUUCUCAUAUCAAUCCAUGUUUGAAGCAUUCCAAGGAGCUUCUACCCGUCGAUUGGCACUCACCUUUAAAUCAGAGAUGCUCUGUCGUUCAAGUCUUAGCAAGAGUACACUCAUCCCCUUUUCUUGCUCUUGUGGUGUAGAUAAUGAUGAAAACGAUGCAGACACUUGUUUCAAUAUUCAAAAUGAUCCUAUUGACACUAUCAUCAAACCCUGUACAUUGGACGCUGCCACCUUUCCUCUUGGUGACGAUGAAGGAUCAAAAGGAAACAUCACCUUUUCCUUGGGUGCCGUUCGUGGUUAUAUUUGUGUUUCUGUUGGUAUUGGUCAAAUUUUUAGUGAUUCUUUAAAAGCUAAACAAGUUGUAGCAUUAUCAAGUGAUUUUGUACCAAGUUUAGCACCACCAGAUUAUAGUGUAUUUAAUGAUAAUGGAGGUGUUGUUGGUAAAGCAUUGGCAGAUGGUUUAAUUUUAAGAAUAUUUGACAAGGGUAUCAAUAAUUUCGAUCUAUGUAUUAUACAAUCGAUAUCAUCAUCUUCAGAAUUCCCCAAACAAGAUUUUGCCAUUUUGGUUGACGAACAAAAAGGUAUUGUUCAUCCUUUGGAAUGUGAAACAACUCAAGGUGGAGGUGCAACCUGUUGCAACAUCAAAUCCAAUACUCUACCAGAACCAGUAGGAACCAACAAAAUAUUAUUAAUUCAAAGAACCAAUGAUUGGAAAAAGAAGAAUUAUCAAUCCAUUUCAUCGUCAAAUCAAGCAGUCGUUUAUACUUUGGGUGCUUUAUUCCUUGUACCAUUUAUAAUUGGUUCAAUUGAAGUCGUUUACUUUAUCUAUGCUCAUUUCUUUAAAAAACUUGAAGUCAAAGUCGUUCAUAUAUUAUUUGUAUUUUUAACUAUAUUUUCUUUUAUUAGAGGAAUUUAUUUUAUUAUUUUGGGAUCAGGAGUAUUAAAGGAUAAUGCAAAUGUAGCAGAUUAUAUUUUAGUAGUUUUACCAACCUUUUUAUAUUUUACAGCCUUUACAAUUGUCAUCAUUAUAUGGUACAUUCUAUCAAGAGAUUCAAUGCAACGUGUUGACAAUAUCUACAAACGUAUCAAUCGAUUGAUCAUUGGUGUCAAUAUUUUGUUAUAUCUUUUGUUUAUUGGCAUUGUAUUGGUAUUCAACUUUUACAUUGGUGAUCCACCUCCAACAUGUAAUGGUAGAGUUUCGGCUGGCUAUGAAAACAGUACACCUCAACGAGUAGUAUCCAUCUUGUACGCCUCCAUACAAGCCAUACUUAGUGGAGCACUUGGUCUUUCAUUUAUUUAUUAUGGUAGAAAAGUAAUUCAAAAAUUAUCUCAUUUUAAACAAAAUUUGGUCAAUGCUAAUAAUCAAAUGAAAAAGACUGUAUCAAUGGCAAUUAUAUGUUCGGUUGGAUUCUUAUUACAUUGUAUAUUUAUUAUUAUAUUGGUUACUGUUAAACCCAAGAACGUAGUAUUUUCAUUUAUUGGUUUGGUCGUAACAGAGAUUGUCCCAGUAAUGACCUUACUUUUCAACUAUACACAAGUUCCAUUUGGGUUAUCACAAGUGUUCCUCAAAGACAAAUCAAUUAAAGACAAUGGAAAUGAGCCUGGUGGCGUUGAACUACAAUCCAAUACUAGUACCUCUUCCUCAUAUAGCUCAUCGGUUUCAUCAUCGACACGAUCAAAAACCAUGACUGUUCGUACUCUUACUCAAAGUCAAGCCUCACUUAAUUCAUCUGCUGUUAGAGGUUAA